AUGACAACUGAUUGGCGCGAACGUUCUGAAGUCUCAGAUUCCAACCCUGGGCAACAACAAGCCAGUGACAACCCCAAUUCGUCACAAGCCAAGAAUAAGGUCGCUUGUCAGCGAUGCUUCAAGAGGAAACAAAAGUGUGACAGGAUACGCCCUGCUUGCACAGCAUGCGCUACUUUGGGAGUGGAGUGUAUUGCUCGCUCGCAGCAAUUCGACUUUGAUUCUGAAGAGACUGGUCUUACCCCUGUCAGAGUUAAUGGAUACGUCGAGUCCCUAAGACGUCGCAUCGCUGAACUCGAGCAAAAAGUCAAAGAAGCCGAGAUAGCUCAUAUCCAGACUCGACGCUCAUUCAAUUCAGACGCAACACUUCCCAUCAAUGGCAAAAGGCGCCGUUCCACCGAUGUUCAUAUUCCCAUCAACCACACUCUACAAAAUUGCGAUGACCAGUCAACUGUCGAAGACACAAUGAGUGCCAUCGGCAUGUUAUCCAACAAAGCCAUGGCCGAGUCCCGUACCAACACAGGCAACGAACCUCAUAAACUCUCAAUAAUCGAGUCCAUCUUUGCAGCACUCGCUGUAGAUGGCCAGAACCCUUCCAAAUCCUCAGCCAUGUCUUCCCAACAUGUUUCAUUGGUUGAUGACCAACCCAUCCUACUAACGCGUGAUUUGACAUUGAGUCACAUACAGCGUUUCAUCGACUGGAGUGUAUGGCUUCCAUAUAUCGACGAAAGUCGUUUGAUGCAACAAUACGAUUCAGUCGUUGACUCUCACGAUGGUAGAGACAAACCUUCUCUCUAUCUCUUCAACGUCUACCUAGCGAUUUCGAUUGGGAUCAGCAUGUCACCUGAGACAAGUCGGCUAACAAGUUUGGUCAACAGCCUUCAUAGUGCAGCUAUCAAACUAUUGCCGUCUAUUCUGCAUUCCCAAGAACCAUUUGAUACUUUACAUUGCAUGCUAUUAUUAGCUGUAUUUUCCUUGUUUAAUCCUGCCGGCGGUUCUACUUGGCAUCUGAUGGGGUUUAUAUGGACAAAUUGCUUGGCUGCUGGUUUGCAUAAAACUGCUAUUCCACAAGAUCGUCUUGGGCCUGAUACAGCCUAUAGAAGCGAUUGGAUCUUCUGGACAGUUUACCUACUCGAUCGGUCUUUAGCCUCCUCUAUGGGUAGACCUUUUGGCAUCACAGAUGAUGACAUCUCUGUUUUUAUACCCGAUGCUCCAAGCGAUAACGACCCAGACUUAUCUCCAGAAGUGAGAAACAAGCUUGCUCAUAGUCGGCACCUUGUAAUCCACGCUCAACUCAUAUCAGACAUAUGUGGAAGACGUGAACCCACUCCGAUUUUCUCAUACAGUAAUCUUUGUUUCUGGAGAGAGUUUCCACCCCCGAUAAAUGACACUACCUUUCCACGUGGCUAUCCACUUGACUCUUUAGAUCAGCUGGCUUGUCGGGCCAUGAUCUUAAUAGUCAACCCACCGUCCUGCACCUUAUCCAACUCUCUACUAGCCAUCGGGGAUUCUCCGGAUAUCAAGACGGACGCUAUCAGUUCAUGCAAGAGCUUGAUCGAAAGACUAUACACCAAAUCAACGAAUAGCACGGUAGCGGUGUCGUUCUUGGACGCAUACAACAUCUUGGCAGCUGCAGUUUUUUAUAUAUGUCUUGUGCAACGGGCACCCCACCUCAACCAGCAAGGGUUCGCACAGACAUUUGAAGUGGUCAGCAAAGCAUCUGUCCUACUGACGCAGUGUUCGACAAAGUUCAUUGCCAUUGGCGUGUUCCAGCAGUUCUUGUUGUCACUGUCAACCAAGAUUAUGGAGGGUACAGCAAGUGUUCAGGAAUAUCUAGAGUUUAUACCGCCAGAAAUACCCAGCCACCUGCGGUCUCUAGUACAGAACUAUGCUUCUUUGAGCCAUCGUAUCAGUUAA